AUGCAGAACGAUGAUGUUAUCUGGCAUGUUCUUAACAACCAGCAUUGCUCCUUCAAAGCCAAGCUGAGCAAUUCCAAGAUCGAAACGUUUUGCAAGAAUGAGUACAACUUCAAUGGUCUGUGCACCAAGUCCUCGUGCCCGUUGGCCAAUUCUCAGUAUGCGACCGUACGCGAGGAGCAGGGCGUGUGCUACCUCUACAUGAAGACCGUGGAGCGGGCGCACACUCCCGCCAAGCUGUGGGAGAAGGUGAAGCUCGACAAGAACUUUGCCAAGGCGCUCGCCCAGAUCGACGAGCAGCUCAUCUACUGGCCGGGGUACAUGAAGCACAAGUGCAAGCAGCGUCUGACCAAGAUCACACAGUACCUGAUCCGCAUGCGAAAGCUGAGGAAGAAGGAACGGCCGAGGCUGGUGGGCGUGAAGCCCAAGGAGGAGCGGGUGCAGAGGAAGAGGGAGCAAAAGGCCCUCAUCGCGGCCAAGGUGGAGCACGCCAUCGAGAAAGAGCUUCUCGACCGCCUCAUUCAGGGAGACCGAGAGAUGGAAGACGGCAUCUUCAAUGCCCAGCCGGGAGCCUUCCAGAAGGCCGUCGAGCAGCUCCAGGAAUCGGAGAGCGAGGACGAGGACGAGGAGGAAUACGAGGACGAGGACGAGCAGGAGGGAGGAGAAGAAGAAAAGGACGUCGACGAAUUCGUGGAGGACGACUCGGACAUCGAAGACCUGAUCGACGGUUACGAGUACGAAAUGGACGAAGACGACGAGGAGAGGGAGAUGGAGGAGGUGGUGCAGCAGAAAGCUGUGAAGGCAGGCCCUGCGGCCAAGAAGGGAGGCCGAGGCCACCUCGACAUCCGCUUUGAUGAUUAG